UUUUUUUCUUCUCCUUCCGGAACAGAAUCCUCUGUUUCUUUAUAAGAGCUUCUUGUAGCUAUUCGCAUUACACUCUGCAGUAUCUUUAGCCCAACAUCCUCAAUCCUUCCAAACUACGAUCAUGGUUGGCAACGACUUCAAAGUCAAACAUUUCCGCUUUCCAAAGCCCCCGUUCAUCUUUUAUCUGUCAAUGAUUGCCACUUUCUUCUUAGUAAUCCCUUUUACAAGUGCGAUAUCCUUCAACUAUACCAGCUUCAAUUCCGACGACACCAACAUAACAUAUGAUCAGAGAGCUGCCGCUGCAGACAACGUCAUCCGACUCACCGGCAACCAGGCCCAUAACCAGUUCGUGGGUCGCGCCACGUAUUCCCGUCCGAUGCAUCUGUGGGAUAAGGUCUCCGGAAACCUCACUGAUUUCACUACCCAUUUUUCCUUUGUCAUCGAUUCUCAAAAUAGAACGAAAUAUGGAGAUGGGCUUGUGUUCUUCCUAGAUCGUGCUGGUUCAAAGAUUCCCGAAUCCGUCACAAAAGGUGGCGGUAUGGGUCUUACUCGAGAUGGCCAGGAAUUAAACACCACAGACAAUCAUUUUGUGGCAGUGGAGUUCGAUAUCUAUAAGAACAGCCUUUGGGAUCCUCCCGGCCUUCAUGUAGCCGCAACAGGAAAUGCUUCUGCAAUGCAUACCAUUUACUCAUGGGAUUUCAGUUCCAGUUUGGAAACUGAUGAUGAUAUUGUAACUAAUCCAACAGGGUCAGGUGCUCCAAGCCGAAGUAAAAACAAGAAGUUAGGGUUAGCCUUGGGGUUGGGCGCCGGUGGAUUUUUUUUGGUUGGUGGGCUGGCUUUGGUUCUGUUGGCCUUAUGGAAGAAGAGUAGGAGAGAUCAAGAAGAUGAUCUUGCCUUUGCUGUAUACAUGGAUGAGGAAUUUCAGAGGGGAACUGGGCCAAAGAGGUUCUCGUUUAAGGAAUUGGCUCGUGCCACGAAGAAUUUUAGUGAUGAAGAAAAGCUAGGUCAGGGAGGAUUUGGAGGUGUUUACAGAGGAUUUUUAAGGGACUCAAAUGCUUCUGUUGCUAUUAAGAGAGUAUCAAAAGCGUCUAAACAGGGGAUUAAGGAGUAUGCAUCGGAAGUAAAAAUCAUUGGCCAAUUAAGACAUAGAAAUUUGGUGCAACUCCUUGGGUGGUGCCAUGAAAGGAGAGAACUCUUGCUCGUUUAUGAGUUCCUAUCUAAUGGAAGCUUAGAUUCAUUUCUUUUUAAAGACAAUAGCUUACUGAUAUGGGAAUUGAGGUACAAAAUUGCCCAAGGCUUGGCCUCGGCCUUACUCUACUUGCACGAGGAAUGGGAACAAUGUGUAGUGCAUAGAGAUAUAAAAUCAAGCAACAUUAUGCUUGAUUCAGACUUCAAUGCUAAACUUGGAGAUUUUGGGUUAGCUAGGUUUGUGGACCAUGACAAAGGGUCGCGAACCACUGUUUUGGCAGGCACCAUGGGCUACAUGGCUCCCGAAUGUGUGACAAGCGGUCAGACCGGCAAGGAAUCGGAUGUCUAUAGUUUUGGGAUUGUUGCUUUGGAGAUAGCUUGUGGAAGAAAACCAGUUACUCCUAAAGCCCCUGAAGAUCAAGUAAUAAUGUUGGAGUGGGUUUGGGGUCUCUAUGGAAGAGGAGAGGUACUUGAGGCAGCUGACCCAAGGUUGCUUGGAGACUUUAAUGAGCAGCAAAUGGAGCAGUUGAUGAUUGUUGGGUUGUGGUGCGCUCACCCUGAUCGCAACCUUAGGCCUUCAAUAAGGGAGACAAUUCAUGUCCUCAAUUUUGAAGCUCCAUUGCCUGUUCUCCCAUCAAAUAUACCGCCACCAGUAUAUCCUCCACGAGCGAAUAGAGUCAAUAGACCAGCUGAGACCUCCCUCCUCUACACAUCCAAUGUUGCUACUGAUUCUGAGGGGGGGAAAUCCCAAUAUUCAAGCCAGAUCAGUUACAACACCAAUUCCUCACAGUUGACGACCUCAUCCUCUACAUCUGUAUCUCUUUUGAAUGUUGGUUAGAGAUGCAUUUAAUCUGGUAUUUAUUGAUCUUAGGUGUAAAGAUUUAUGUUGUUUAGCCAUGCUUAGACUGGUUGGUUAUAAGCAUACUCAUGGAUACCAUGCACAGAAAAGUGCGUUGUACCUGAAAUAUAUGGGUUUUA